AUGCUCAAUGAUCAUGAACCGUCGAAACGAGGACAUGACUCCUACCUGAUCAAUCGCUCGCGAGUCUCUGCGAACUCAAUUGAACACGCGAACCUCGCUUCGACUCCAUCUCGAUCUCGAAAGUCCGAGGACAAGCUGGACUAUACUCAAAUUAAGAAAGAUGCUCCGGGUCUCGUUGCUGCAGCCGCUCACGCGGCAGUUCCCAGCUGGACAAGCAUGGUUCUAAUGGUCUCUCUUAUCUUUGGAGGCUGCUGUGCCAAUGUAUUUGCGCUAGAGGCAAUUAUCAAGGAACAACCCACUGCUGGUCCCCUGAUAACAUUUGCCCAAUUCGCUAUCUGUGCUCUAUUCACCAUCCCAAGCUUCUUGUCCCCAUCAGCCGGACCACGAGCCCUAUUCCUGAACUCGCGCGCUAUCCCACUACGCUCAUGGGUGGUAUACACUGCCUAUUUUGUUAGCGUCAACCUUCUCAACAACUGGGCCUUCGCAUACAAGAUCUCAGUCCCCCUGCACAUAAUCCUCCGGUCCGCAGGCCCUGUCGCCUCGAUGGUAAUCGGCUACAUGUAUAACGGCAAGCGCUAUUCCCGGGGCCAGAUUGCCUCGGUAGGUAUGCUGACAGUAGGCGUGGCGGCAGCCGCCAUGGCCGAUGCGCAAUCCAAAGGUGUGUCUAUCCACGUCGACUCCGAUACGGGGGAUACGAUGACCACCGUUACGGGCUUCACGAUCCUCGCGCUGGCGAUGGUCCUCUCUGCAUUCCAAGGGAUUUAUGCCGAUCGGCUGUACGCAACUUACGGUAGAGAUCAUUGGAAAGAGGCACUUUUCUAUUCGCAUGCGCUUUCUCUGCCGCUUUUCCUGACGAGUUGCCCGCAGUUGCUGGGUCAAUGGCAGGUGGUAGCUUCGUCGCCUUCCCUGCUGUCGCAUUGGAAUUCCGGGUUGGGGGUGUGGUCCGGUACGGUUGGGAGCACCGCUUCCUCGGUGCUGGAGCGGAUUUGUCAGAUUGAGGCUGUGAAGUCUUUCCUGGCGCAUCUUCCAGUUCAAGUGGCUUAUCUGGCGAUGAAUGCACUGACACAAUACCUAUGUAUCCGGGGAGUGCAUCUUUUGUCGGCCAAGUCGUCGUCUUUGACUGUGACUAUUUUCUUGAAUGUCCGAAAGUUGGUUUCACUGCUUCUGUCGAUCUAUCUCUUUGGGAACCAUUUGACAGGCGGUGUUUUGGUUGGUGCAGCUCUGGUGUUUGUCGGGGGUGGUUUAUAUGGCUUUGAGGGUGCACGUCUACGAAGCGUUGCCAAGAAGUCCCAGUGA